AUGUCCCCACCAAGGAAAGGAGCAAGCAACUUGCUUCUCCUGCUGCUGCUGGCGAUUCUGAGAUGCAGAUUCGCGGAAUCGGCCAUCGGGGUGAACUGGGGAACAGUGUCUUUUCACCGGCUGAAGCCGUCGACGGUGGUGGAUCUGUUGAAGGAGAACAAGAUUGGAAAGGUGAAGCUAUUUGAUGCGGACCCGGGUGCACUGGAAGCACUGAUGGGGAGUGGGAUUCAGGUCAUGGUGGGAAUUCCUAACGAGCUGCUCUCCACCAUUAGUUCUUCGGUUUCAGCUUCUGAUUUGUGGGUUCGCCAGAAUGUUUCUAGGUACAUGGUUAAAGGCGGUGCUGAUAUCAGAUAUAUAGCUGUGGGAAAUGAGCCAUUCCUCACGAGCUACUCUGGCCAAUUCCAAACAUAUGUCAUGCCUGCAUUGCUAAACCUCCAACAGUCUCUAACCAAGGCUAAUCUCGCUGGAUAUGUGAGGCUAGUCGUCCCUUGCAAUGCUGAUGCAUACGAGUCUCCUUCUCUCCCUUCCCAAGGAGCAUUCCGUCCAGAGCUCACUCAGAUCAUCACUCAACUUGUCUCUUUCCUCAACUCCAAUGGCGCUCCCUUUAUAGUCAACAUCUACCCAUUUCUCAGUCUCUACGGCAACUCAGAUUUCCCCCAAGACUAUGCCUUCUUCGAGGGGACCACCCAUGCUGUCACUGAUGGACCUAAUGUCUACACCAAUGCCUUUGAUGGCAACUUCGACACCUUAGUGUCGGCACUCACCAAACUCGGGUAUGGCCAAAUGCCUAUUGUCAUUGGAGAGGUAGGGUGGCCAAGUGAUGGAGCUCCUGGUGCAAAUCUCACUGCUGCAAAAGUAUUCAAUCAAGGGUUGAUCAACCAUGUUGUGGGAAACAAAGGUACCCCUCUUAGACCCGGUUCGCCUCCCAUGGAUGUCUAUAUCUUCGGUCUACUCGAUGAAGGUGCCAAGAGCGUGCUUCCUGGGAACUUCGAGAGGCACUGGGGGAUCUUCUCAUUCGAUGGUCAAGCUAAGUAUGCCUUGAAUCUAGGCCAGGGAAACAAGAAUCUGAAGAAUGCAGAGAAUGUUGAGUACCUUCCUUCGAGGUGGUGUGUGGUGGAUUCGUCGAAAGACUUGACUAAUGUGGCAAACCACAUGAGGAUCGCUUGUAGUGUUGCCGAUUGCACGACGCUAAACUAUGGAGGGUCGUGCAACGAGAUUGGGGUGAAGGGGAAUAUUUCCUACGCAUUUAAUAGUUUCUACCAGUUGAAGAUGCAGGACGAGAGGAGUUGUGAUUUUGACGGCCUUGGUAUGGUGACUUUCUUGGACCCUUCUGUUGGUGAGUGUAGGUUUCUUGUUGGUGUUACCGAGACCAAAGGUUCUUCAUCGUCGAAAUCAUCUUCGAGUUUUAUCGGGUCUCGUAGAUGGAUGAUAAGUAUUACAGUAUUGUUCAUCUGGGCAGUCCAGUUGUUUAUGAUGUGA